GUUAGUGUGGUGAAAUCUGGUUUAGGUGAUGGAAGAGCAUGUUAAAUUUAAACGGCAAAGGUGUUGCCCUGGUGGUGGAACAAGUGAAAAAGACUGUCACUGUUGUAGAAGUAGAGCGGAAGAUCACUUCAAAGCCUUCCAACCUUAAAACAAAGAAGUCACUCCAGGAUCCACUCCAGUGCAGAGGACUGCCACAUCAAGGUACUAAACUGGAGCUUAAAGAACAACUUCAAACUUCUCUUGCAUAACUGAGGGAGGACUAUGAAAAGUCAGGGAAAGUAUCUACUGCUGUAAACAUGGACAAGAAGGUGACUGCAGACAGCAUUUGUCUUGUAUUUGUUGAUACGAUAACAAUGGCGUCGAACAGUGACUCUUGUUUGUAACUUGUGGAUCUAACACUGAACGGUGUUGGGAUCACUGGAGCUGUCAAGGAAUUUUCCUGAUAUCCCAGUGACUGCAAGUCCAUGUAUGCCAUGUUGAUUUCUAAUCGAACACUUGUCAUUUUGAAUGACAAGGGCAUAGCUAAGAUUGAUAUGGCAACACGAGAACAGACCAUUCUACUGUCAAAUGGCACUCCCUCUUGUAAAGAAGUACGAGGCAUUGCUCCUUUCGGGGAUUAGGGAGAGACUCUUUACAGAUAUGGGGAGAAGGCAGAUAAAGAAGGUUUCUUCAAAUGGGACCAUUCAAAUCAUUGCAGGCUCAGGAGAGGAAGGCAACAACGAUGGCACUCGGGCCUCAUUUUCCCAGCCUAUGGGUAUUUGCGUGGAGAAUGAGAAGAAUAUUUUUAUCACUGAUGCACAGGUUGGAGCAGUAAAGUUAAUAGCAGAUGUUGGAUGUGUAGUGAAAUUUCUGGAAAACCUUGGAAAACUGUACCAAUCUUUCUCCGUGCACCAGAAGCACCAGCGAACUCACACCUCAACACUGCAAGAAGCUAGAGAGAUGAUGAAAUUCGUUUCUGGGUACCUUCAAGGCACUGUUCAAUCAGUGCAGACAUUACUGGGCAACAGCAAGGAGACCAAUGGACCUGAAGGAACUGUUGCAAGCAAGACAACCAGGUCUGUUAACAUGAUAAAUCAGGGACUGGCAAGGUUACAGAGCAACAUCACAAAAAUAAAUCCAGCACUUACAGUUAACCCUGAAGCUCUCCUCACCACAAAAGUCAAGAACCUCCACGCAGUUUCCCAUUUCAAACAUCCAACAUGUAUGCAGUUACACUACGCCAGGGAUUUUGGGACUACAGCCCUGUAAUCAGCAAAAAGAAUGAUGCAGUGGUCCGCUUUUUACUUCACACACUCAACAUCGUAUUAUCCUGUACCCUCGACACAAAUUUACCUUCAAGAUUUUCCAAGGAUGAUGCAACAAAACCUGCCAGUCAUGAGUUCAGCUGACCAAGAUCUGAUGAGAAACUGGGCAAACACACAUGGUAAGUGUGUUAGACAACGCACUGUCUGACAAGAAAUCACCAAGUAUAAGGCUGGUACUCUCCCUCUGAACCUGUAUCAGACUGCUGUCCACCAGGGAGAACGGCUUGAGUUUGCACCAGUUGAAAGAGUAGAACAACCUAAAUUUUCAAAGCAAGAGGGAAGAGAAGGCGCACCUACAUUGAGGGACCCAGGAGAUGAUCAGCUCUCCGAAUACGAUGACCACUCCUCCGACAACGACUCUGAUGAUUUUGCAGUGGAGGAAGAUGGUGCCAUUUGUGAUAUGCAGAACGAGGAACUCAGUUUCCUUUUUGUAUCGUGCAGAAUGCGAAGUGGACGGAUAGUGAAAACAAUUAACAAGGCUUUGCUUUGGACAUAAUUUUUCAAAAUGUAACAGUAUGUAACUUUUGUUUAAAGAAAAACGUUCUUCUUUUUUCCG